AAGCUAAAAACAUUUAGACAAUAAACAACAACCAAAAUGUAGAGCAGUAAAGGACCUGACUAAUGUAGACAAGUCUUUAAAUGUGUAGAGUAAAUGAGGGACUUGUUUUUUUGUGUGCCGUGUAUAAAGUUCCCGGAUUAAAGGCCUGCAGAGGGGCUGUAGUGACGCGGCUCGCCGCCAGGGGUCUCCACCACUGCGCUGCGAAUCCCCGCAUUUAAACCGCGCAGCCUUUCAUCUUUCAUUCUUUGAUGUUUCUUUUCUUUACGCUUAACCACCGCGCGCGUUUUUAUUCAGAGCGAUCGCAUUAUAAUGCACGAGACAAACCGCGUUUAUUUGCGCAAUAACGGAGGCGCGGCGGAGAUCACGUGACCUUCAAAGGUCGUCGCUAUAAAUCGCCUUAGCGUGCGCGCACACACACACACGCACGCACACAUAUAUACACACACACACACACGCACGCACGCAGGCGCACAUAACGGGGAACACAAUCAGGAUUACAAUGACAGAUCAGGCAUUUGUCACACUUGCUACAAAUGACAGCUACGCUAAAGGAGCGAUGGUGCUCGGUGUGUGUCUGAGAAACCACAAAACAUCUCGGAAUCUUGUCAUAUUGAUUGGAGAUGAUGUUUCACAACCCUGCAGGUCAGUCCUUAAUCAGAUCUUUGACGAGGUGUGUGAGGUGAGUGUGUUAGACAGUAGAGACGCCGCUCGCUUGGCGAUGAUGAAGAGACCGGAGCUCGGCGUCUCCUUCACUAAACUGCACUGCUGGAGACUGACGCACUACUCCAAGUGUGUGUUCAUGGACGCAGACACACUGGUUCUGUGUAACAUUGACGAGCUGUUUGAACGUGACGAGCUCUCUGCAGCACCCGACCCCGGCUGGCCCGACUGCUUCAACUCCGGCGUGUUUGUGUUUCAGCCGUCGGAGGAAACGUACACUGGGUUACUGAGCGCCUGCAGGGAGAACGGCAGCUUCGAUGGUGGAGAUCAGGGUGUGUUAAACAGUUAUUUCAGUGACUGGGCUACAGCUGAUAUCACUAAACACCUUCCUUUUAUCUAUAACCUGAGCAGUGUGUCCAUCUACACCUACCUCCCAGCGUUCAGACAUUUUGGCCGCAACGCUAAGGUGGUCCACUUCCUGGGUGAGAAGAAGCCGUGGGAUUACCAGCAUGGUGAUGACGAUGGUAAUGAAGAGUUUAGCGGCGAGAGCGGACUGUACCGGUUUUCCUCUCUGUAUCCAGAUUACAUUCAGCAGUGGUGGAGUGUGUUUAAGUCGUCAGUGCUGCCGUUGUUCACGGAGGAGCACACACACACGAUCUCGGAUACGCCCAGCGUGGAGCAGGAGAGUGUGUACAUUGAGGCAGCCCAGGAAGAGGAGUGUGAACAUCCACCGUCGCCUAAAACCUCCUCACAGGACAGGAAACAAAAGUGGGAGCAGGGAGAUGCUGAUUAUCUCGGAGAGGACUCGUUUACACACAUUGAGAAAAAACUUGACUCCUUCCUCAUCUGAGCAACACACACACACAACUGAUGUGUGUAACCUCAUGUGUUUUAUUUCUGUGAGUUCUGUGAUGAUGUAUUUAAUUUAUCACUGAAUCAUCACACACACACACACACACACACACCAGGUGGCGCUGUGUAAUCUUCACACUAACAAACAUUCAGUGUGCAUCAACAAACUAAUUAACGCGCAGCACAACCUAAAGUACUAAAUUCUACAAUAAAUACAGGUGAUAAAGAAUUAAACUUAAAGGAACUCAGCAUGAGGAGUUCAUCGCUAGUCUACAGACGAGUGAAAAUAAACACUCUUAGGUUCUACGUUCUAAGUGUGUUUGUUUUUCACGAUCGUAUCGGACUCUAUCGCCAUUACAGAAGGAUUCCCAAGUAACGGAAGCAAAAAUGUAUACUUUACAUUCAGCCUGUACUUAAAUGCUUGAAUGCUGCUAUUCUUCACUGCUAGCUAACUAACGUACCUCGCUAAUCAACUUGCUAAUGUUAAGAUGCCUGUGAACGUCACCAUAAACCGGCAAAACAGAGAGCUAAAUACACUCUUCCUGGAUGUCUGUGUCUAAUGAAUUAUAAGAAGGUUACGCAAUUCUACUUUGGGAUUGAUGAGUACAAAAAAAUACUGAAUAAUCAGAGAAGUCGGCGUCUCUAGUCAAAAGUUGUUUUUGCAACAUUUUUAAAGAUCUCAAAAACCAAACAUGGCUCUCAGUCUUCCACAAAAAGUGAAGCCUUGGGUUAAAUGUAAAGUUUUUUUUAUGACUCCUGAUCCAAACUCACCUUCACCCUCAUCUUUCUCUUCUUCAGCAAAAGAACUCGGUUUAAAUUCUCAGAAGUUUCAAUAGCGCUUGUUAGUCUGUUAGCGCUAGUUGAUGUAGAUGAUGAUAAAGAAACGAAACAAACAGUGCUCUGAAUUGACACUUAAUGGAUGCUAAAGGACAAAAAGGGGUGGGGCUUAAAGCUGAUGAACCCUCAUGCCUAAUGAUGACAGUCUCUGUCUCUAACACUUUAAAAAAAAACACGUAGCACCGUUAGCGAACACUACCGGGUAAAUUAGCUUGAUGUGAAAGAGUAUAACAGUUAUUUUUUUCACGUACACACCGAUGCUGCCUUUAUGUGCUUUAAAUUAUUCUUUUAAAUCAUGACUACUGUGAGCUUCAAGAAAACAAAAGACUGACUUUUAUUCUUUUAGCACAAGCUGUACAAUAUAUAGUGUCUCUGAAAUCUAGCUCUAACGGUUUUAGGUGUAAUUUUCCUCAAAACUCGUCGCCUGAAGCCUAAUAGCUUUAAAUAACUAAACACUAGCGUAUAGCUACCCCUUCGUGAAUAAAUUACCCAAUAAAACAAGGUGGAAAGUUUAGACAAACUAACUAAGCAGGAACCAUCGCUAUCACCACCCUGUUAGCGUUAGCAAAACAUACAGAGCUAGCAUUUAAAACGUUUAAAUGAAUAAUGAUUGCAUAUUAUCUCUGUACAGUUACUGCGACUGUAUCUGAAAUAAAGAAUUAGAAACA